AUGACACAGCCAAACGUAACCGAUAAGGCGAAAUUGCCGUUCACCGAGCAGCACUACUUCUCCUCGUAUGACCAUUUUGGAAUUCACGAGGAAAUGUUGAAGGAUACGACUAGAACCUUGAGUUACAGAUCUGCCAUGUUCAAAAACAAGGAUCUCUUCAAGGGUAAAAUCGUUUUGGAUGUCGGAUGUGGUACUGGUAUUCUUUCUAUGUUUGCUGCCAAGGCUGGUGCCAAACAUGUGUAUUCUGUUGAUAUGUCUAACAUCAUUGAGAAGGCCAGAGAAAUUGUCGCUUUGAAUGGAUUUGAAGACAAGAUCACGUUGAUCCAGGGUAAAUUGGAGGACAUUGACUUGCCAGUUGACAAGGUCGAUAUCAUUGUAUCUGAAUGGAUGGGCUACUUUUUGUUGUACGAAUCUAUGUUGGAUACUGUGUUGUAUGCCAGAGACAAGUACUUAGUAGAAGGAGGAUUGAUUUUGCCCGACAAGUGCUCGAUGUACAUUGCUGGUAUUGAAGACGGUCAAUACAAAGCUGAGAAAAUCGCCUACUGGGAAGAUGUGUACGGAUUCGACUACUCUCCUUUCAUCAAGGUAGCUAUGGUUGAGCCAUUGGUUGACACCGUAGACAACCAGUCGUUGAUUACUACUCCACACAAGUUUUUUGAGUUUGACAUCAACAAAGUAACCAAGGAACAGUUGGCUUUCCACCGUCAUUUCAAGUUAAAGGCUAUUGACUCUGAUUUCUGUCACGCAUACAUCGUUUGGUGGGAUGCUGAGUUCCCAGGCAAGGAAAAGGUAGUUUUACCUACUGGCCCCAUGACCCACUACACUCAUUGGAAACAAACUGUUUUCUACAUGGAUCAAGUCUUGGACCUCAAGAAGGGUGACAUUAUCGAAGGUAGUAUUGCUUCCAGACCCAACUCCGCCAACCCAAGAGAGUUGGAUAUCGAAAUCGGCUGGAACCUCAAGACCACCUCCAAUGACAAGUCUAGAGAAAAACAGGGCAAGUACAACUACUUCAUGCGUUAA